GGCGGAGGCGCCUCAGGUGCGCGAGCAUGUGCAGAAGGGGAGGCCGAGGGCCGCCCUCGCGCGCUGCGCCGGGGAGGAGGAGGGCGGGCAGCCAAGGCUGUAUCGCUCGGGCGCAGAUCCCUCCCUCCGUCCCUCCUCCGCUCCUCGUGUCUCCUCCCCCGGCGUUGGGCGGCUGCUGCUGCUGCUGCUGCUUCGAGCGAGCUGCCCUCCCUCUCGGUCUCUCCCUCUCUCCCUCCGCCUCCUCGCGAGCUGGUUUUCUCCUGGCUGUUGCUGCCGCUGCUGCCGGCUGUUUUCCUCCCGCCGCUGUUUCGGCCUGAGAGAGCGGCGGCGACGUGACGUUUCCCUUUGACACAUAAACAAGGUAAGGCGGGAGGGAAGCACUGGCGGGGGGGGGGGGAGGCGGCGGUAGGAAAGCGAAGGGCUGAGCCCCGGGGGUCACUCGGCUGUUCCUCGGCCCCCGACGCGCUCCUGUCCGUCGGAGGCGACGUUGCGGAGCUCUUUCGGCCCGCGGAGAAAUGGCAGCGGGAGCUCCGGGGCUGAAACCCGGCCUCGGCGGCGGCUGAGGGGCACAAACCCUUCGCUUCACCCGCCCCGCUUGAGAAGCGGAUGGGCCCGUAGAUAGGAAGUCGAGGGACUGAGGUCUCUCUCGGCCCCCCCCCAUCAUUAGGGUCGACCUCAUCGGGAAGACCGGAGUUUUUUUGGUUGGGGGGGGGAGGGGAGAUAAUUAGUCUGGCACCCUUGUCUUUUCCCCUCUUCACGUUUGUGACCUGGAAGCACGAACAGGGCAAGGCGGGCAAAGGGACGCCGGGCGCAGGCUGGAAAAUCCCCGAAGGGACCCCCUUCAGUUGCGUGGGGCGGGGGGAGGGGGAGACCCUGCUCUUGUCAGUGCCAUCCCUCCAUCGGCUUAUAUAAGUGUGUGUGUGUGUAAAUGGAAGUCUUCACGGGUCAGGGGAGGGAGGCUGGGCAUAGACUGGCCCUGGAAAGUCCCCUCGGAGUCCUUGCGGGACCCCUCCCUUUCCUCGCCGAGCGAUUGUGCAAUUGUGUAUGCUGCGUGCAAGUGGAGGGGAAUGGCAACGGGGAAAGGAAAUCCUCUGAGGGAUGUGCGAUUAAACCAAGGGAAAGCUGGUCUGUCAGGUUUUUGUUUUUUUGGGUCUGUCUGGGGCUGGAGUGCAGAAACAGUGUCACCUUCUCUCCCCCCCCCCAACAAAAUAAUCCAUUUGAAUAUUUGCGGGAUACACGAGUCGUGGCGGUGCUGGGGGGGAGACAUCGGAAGGAAUUGCCUACAAAGCGCAAAAAGGGUAUUUGAAAAACACUGUACAGUACUCGAAAGUCGUCCCCUCCCCACCCCCCCUCCCCCCACCCCCCGCCAUCCGUGCUGGCUCGGCUUUGUUGAUGGUUCUGGGAAGGGAGGGGAUGUGUGGGGUAAGCGAGGCCAUCGCCGCCGCUGCCUGGAAGGGAGGCAGCUCCAUCCGCGCGUCCCCUGUCAGUUGGGAUGGCUCUGCUGGCCUCUCCGCCCUCCCCCGCAAGCCUUUACUUUCAGUUUCUGGUGUCGAGGUUGCCUCCCUUUCCCGGAUAAGACUUGCAUAUGCACAUCCUUGGUGGAGCGUCGGUUAAGGCUGCUUCUGUUAUCAGAGCGCUUUCUUUCGUGGCUGUGAAAGAUAGAUUGCCCCCCCCCCCCGUUAAACAAAACAAAAACAAGCUUGUACCCGCGUGGCUUACAAAUAUUUUCCACGUCUACGAAGAACGGAUGUGGAGCACUGGCCUCUGCACGUGACGGUAUUUUAAGGGAGGAGCUGUUGUAAAUAUGUCCUGACAUGUUCUCUUAGCUGUUUGAUAGGGGUUCUUUAUUAGUCGAGUAGCUCGAUGAAGCGAUGGCUUGCCUUUGUUGUUGGUGGUGGUGGUCAUGGGACCUGAGAGGGAAAUCUCACUUCUUCUAAAUGACCUAGCGCUACUGAUAACUAAAGGAACCGGUAAUACUUCGUUUCUGGAAGGAGGUGGGAGAUUCACACCUCAUACCGUUGCAACUCUUUUCAGCUGUCAUUAUUUUGUGGGACUUGUUUCCUGGAAUUACUUACUCUUAUCCACAUGUUGCUGAAGUAAAUUGUAAAGGAUUGAGACGAAGAAAUCAUGAUGAAAGUGGACCUCCUUAUUGUACAUUUAAAUUAUAUUUUAAAGAGGAUGGAAAGAAAUUUUUUGAAAUAGAUGUAAGAUGACAAGAGACUUGAAUUUCAAAGUAAUUAUUAGUAGUUUAGCAUGCAGGCUGUGCAAGAGAUGUACAGUAUCAGCUAUAGCAUAUAGACAUACAAAUACUUAGUGUUAAAUUUCAUGACAGUUGUAAUUGUGGUGUUGACAAUAGAGAUCAGUGACAUCUCUAUUAUUUAAAUUUUUCAAGUGCUACUGGAAUAUUUGGAUGGAAGAAAAUGCAUUUGUCACUUAAGGAUAUUCUGCAAAAUCAUGUGUCAGCAUGUGUAUAAAAUUGUAUUGCUGAGGCUGAUUUAUCAAGCAAUUAGAGCAAUUUUUAAAGAAACUUUAAGUCCAAUUUUCUUGUCCUUGUUCAUGUGAUUCACUUGUUUGCAUCUUUUUCUGUUGCUCUUGUGUUUGUAUCUUGUGUUUGUGUUUUUUUUAAAAAAUAUUAUUAGUUAAAACAAACCAUUAUGCACAUUAUCUGUAUACCUUGAGCAGGAAUGAAGCAUAAAUUGAGUGUUGGAUCCAGACUUACACUUGGGUCCCAACAAAAGCAUUUAGUCAUGGUAUAAUUCUUAUUGAAAUCAAUGGAAAUUGAAUGCAGCCCAGCUUUGGUACAGGAAGGAGUGGGACCCUUCUGUCUGGGGGAGCCAUCUCUCUCCAGUCCUUGGGACUCUCCCUAGGUCAUGCCUCUGACUGGCCCUGCUAUUGGACCUCCCCAGUUGCUUUACUUGAUUGGAAUGUGUCCUUGAACUGUGAGGAAACUUACUUGUUUAGACGGGGUUGGAGAGAAAAGUUCAUAGAAACCACUGACUUUUGUGCAGCUUGAAUGCAGCUUAGUGUAAGGGUUGCAUCUGUUAUGCUACCCAUUCCCCACCCCCACCCAUGCAAGUUUGCCCACAGGGAAAAGAGCCCCACUCUUGCUUCCGUAGAUACCAGCUAAAAUGUUAACUUUUUCAUCCCAACCGCAACUGAUAGUAGGUGUGUGCAUGUACAUAUGAUGACCUUUACCAGAGAGCAGGACAAAAGUUCUAUCUUUCUCCUGCUUCCUGAUCUCUGUGGCUUUUGAUACCAUUGACCAUGGUACCCUGCUGGACUGGCUCUGUGGAAUGGGAACUGGGGGGUGGGGAGGUUGGCGGUGACACUGUAUUACAGUGAUUCUGGUCCAACCUUCGGGACAACGUACAGUACUGGGAGAGUGCUUUUCAGCCACUUGAAAGUUACACUAUGAGGUGCCACAGGACACUAUUCUGUCUCCAGCACUGCUUAAUGUCUGCAUGAAGCUGCUGCAAGUGGUCAUUGAAGUUUUGGCCAAGGUACCAUCAGUAUGUUGAUAAUAUUAAUCUCUGUUUCUCUAUAACACCUGAAUCAAGAAAGGCUGUGUGGGCCCUGGACUGGUGCCUGGAUGCAGUGGUGGGAAGUAUGAGGGGAAAUAAAUAGAGCUUGAAUCCUAGCAAGGCAGAAGUAUUGGUUGAGUGGCUCCUGUGGCUGAGAAAUCGGACACUUGACUGCCCUUGACAGGGUUCCACUUCUCCUGAGGGAGCAGAUACGGUUUGGGGGUGUUUCUGGAUCCAGUUUUGUCACUGGAGGCAUAGGUAGCCUCCGUGGUUAGAAACACCCUUUACCAGUUGCAACUGGUGCAACUGGACUGGGAGAGCUUGACCACAGUAGUUCAGGCAUUGGUGACUUCAAGACUGGAUUACUGCAAUGCAGGCAAUUUGGAGCUUCCCUUGUGCUUGAUCUGCAUUUAGUGCAAAGUGCUACAGCAUUGUUGUGGACAGGAGUGAGACCCUGACAGCAUAUAACAUCUCUGCUUAUUAAUCUGUGCUGGUUACCUGUUGCUAAGUUCAAGGUGUUACUAUUAGGAUUGCCUUACUCUAUAUAUGCUCACUGAACCACUAUGAAAUGCAGAACUGGCAAUGUUAAAGGUGCCAUGCAAUACCUGUUCCACACUUGGAUAUUUAGGUGUGCAGAUCAAGCACACCUACAUUUGGAACUCUUUGCUUAUGGACAUCAGGUGCCUUUGCUAUACUCUUUUUGGCAGCUGCUUAAAACAUCUUUGUUUAGGAAAGCCUAAUCAGACAUGUGGAAAUUAUACACAUUUUAUCUAUUUAGCCAUUGUUGAUUUUAAUUCAUCUUUUGAAUGUUUUAUAUACUUGUUUGUAACUUUUUUUGCAAACAAAUUUAAUGUUUUUUGUGAACCUCUUGGAGGGUUUUUUUUAAAAUAAAAAAAAAUCAAGCAGUGUGUCUAUAGAUACUGUACAAUUUUCUGAAUAUUAAAGUAAUCAUCAGACAGUGUCUGACACUGAAAUGCAAUUCUCCUUGUGUUAUAUCCAUACAGUUUUGCAAUUCUUUUGAAAUACAUCUUUAUUACAUUGGUAUAUCAUUGUGGCAGUAUUCUUCAGUCUUAGCAUACCCAAGACCUACCUUUAAUCCCAACCUGUAAUAUGAGACCCAGUUUACAUUAUUUAUUGCAUAUGCCUUUCUUUUUCUCUAGGAUGAUCAGGUGCAAAUGAGAAUAGCAGGGCUCCUGCAACUUUAACAGCUGUGUAGAAGGGGGAGAUUUCAGCAGAUGUAACUUGCAGGGAUGAGAGAUGCUGCACUGCUGAAAUUAUCUCUGCUCUGCAGCUGUUGGAGGUACAGGAGUCUGAUAACUCUUAUAUUUGUUAAAAACUAAACAACAACAAAAAGGCAACACUACAGUUGCCACUGGUACAAGCUGCCUUUGAUUCCUGAACCACCAGUCAUCUGUAGGAAUGAAAACAAUAGCUAUUAAUUUGAAUACCCUGCAUUUAGAAAUGAGAAACAGAAGACUGCAGUGGGCCUUAACUUUUUAUAUCAAACCAAAUCCAAAUAUCUAUAGUCAACAGGCAGUACACACACACUCUCUCUUUCUCUCUGUGUGUAUGUCUUUAAAGUUUCUGUGUGGUUAAGUUUGACCUUGUACGUGCAGGGUACAUACUGCUUUCAAGUUUUUAACAAAAGAUAAGGUAUAUAUCUAAUAAAAAUGAUUUGACUUAACAAAAGAGCUAAAGUCCCACUGUCUUCAAAAAACAAGCUACUGUACUUAACUGUCUUUUGGGGAAAAUUAAUCUAAAGCAAGGGGAGGCAAUGUUAUUUCUAUCGGUUUUAUAUAAACCUCAAUGUCAUUUUCUUUGCUUUUUUGCAUGAUAAUUGUAGCCAGUUUGUCAGCUGGUCAUUCUUGGGGAGAAGUCAUAAUGAUGUGUAUAUGGACUAUGGACUUAAUUUUAAUUUACCGUAUUUUUCGCUCUAUAAGACGCACCAGACCACAAGACGCACCUAGUUUUUGGAGGAGGAAAACAAGAAAAAAAAUAUUCUGAAUCUCAGAAGCCAGAACAGCAAGAGGGAUCACUGCGCAGUGAAAGCAGCAAUCCCUCUUGCUGCUCUGGCUUCUGGGAUAGCUGCGCAGCCUGCAUUCGCUCCAUAAGACACACACACAUUUCCCCUUACUUUUUAGAAGGGAAAAAGUGAGUCUUAUAGAGCAAAAAAUAGGGUACUCUUUAUUAUUUCAUUUACAUUGUCUUUGUCAGAGAUGUGAAAUUUCUGGAGAUUUUGAAUGAGUGAACAAACUUGUUAUUUUUUUGUAGAAAAAACUUUCUAUGUGGUGGUAUCAAAUCCUCUGUUUCUUAUCUCAAGGAUAUGAAAUUCAUUGUUCAUAGUGUAUGUAGUAGUUGCCAUGUAAAAUACUACUUUGAAAUAUCUGGUUUGUUGUAUUUAUGGAAUAAAGUAUACUUUUUUGGUGGUACAGUGCAAUCCAGUUUAGCCCCUUUAAAUCCCAGUGGUUUCAAAAGCAUAUAAAAUCCUUUAAAUAUUCCAUGUAUAAAACGUUUGUUUUAUUUGAACACUUAGUUACAAAUAUACCCAGUGUUUGAAAUAGACCUGCACAAGGAUGCCUCCUAACAGCCCCAAGCCUAUGUGUAUUUAUUCAGCAACAAGCCCUGCUUGACCUGUAAUCUCUGCACAUUUACAUGAGAGUAAGUCCUGUUGAGCAUAGUGGUAGUUACUUCGGAGCAAAAAUGCAUGUCUUUUGCCAGCUGGCAAAUAGGAAAAAAUAAAAUGUGCAAAUAGACACACUCAUUACUGUGGUAAACAAAAAGGAAGGUCACAUUCUUUUUGGCUCAGGACUGUCGAGCAGAAAUGAAAAAACCUCUUUUUUCAAAGAGAAAAACAAAAAUGGAACAUCCAUUUAUGUAAUGUAAUUACAUUAUCCCCCCCCUCCAGCUAUGUACCUUCCAAGCUGGUAUAACAUGCAUCUGAUGAAGUGGACUUUAAUCCACACGUUUGUUAGUCUUUAGGGUACCACAAGACUCUUUGAAAUUUUACUCUAAAUCAUCAGUAAUGAUGAAAAAAUGGCUCUCUCCUACAGAAGCUCAUGUCUUUGUUAUUCUUUUGCUUUAUCACAGUAACAAAGCUACCCCUCUGAAAACAGCUAUACUUUCAUUCUGAAAGAAAAGAUAUUUGAGUGUUCUUUGUCCUCACUGCCUCACACAGUUGGACCAUAAGGAAAAAUGUGUGUUCUAACUUUUCUCAUCCCUGUCUUGUUUUUAGUAUCUUCCUCUACCAAUGCAGAUGAAAAGUUAAACCUAAAAUAUUAUGCAUAUAGUGAUAGCAACACAUUGUCAUGAUUGGUUCUGCUGAUUACUGUCUUCCUGUGUAAAACAGUCUUCCACAUCUUCAGAUUGAUGGGGGACUUAUGGAGAUGGUCCACCAUUGGAGACUGAUCCACUUGGGUCAACUUCGCCGUUUGGUUUAGUGAGGAGUAGUGUAAAAUUAAACUUCCUGAGCGGUGCUGUUGAAAGACUGGCUGAAUGUGAUGAAGCAUGCAGUGGAGUCUGUUUGCAGGCCCAUGAGCUGAGUGAUGUCAGCAAUGAAACCUUCCUUUUUGGCCACAAUUAUAUCCCCUGAAUCACAUCCAGUGGGUUUCUUCUGGUUAGUGAAGGGUCUUCUAUGCCAAUAAUGUUCUCUACCAAAAGGUGAGCCAGUGAUGAUCUCUGUCCUUUCUUAGUUCUAUGCUGUGACUUGAACACAACAAUUCUGUUAAGGGUACUGGUUGCCUGACACUGUGAAGGCCACCCCACAUACCUUGACUCUCAUGGAUAUUAAAGUCAGUUAGGAACAACCAAUAGAUUGUGUAAUGUCUCCCUAGAGAGCAGGAUAGUGAUCUAUUAGUCCUUAAGAAGGUAGUGGUUUGUCACUUUCUCAAGAAGUCAUCAUUUUUGGUUUUUAUGCAGGUUUGUGUCUCAAGCAGUACAGUUUAACUGUUUAUGUUUAUUAUGAAUAAUGUCUAGAUUAGUGGUUCCCAAAUAGCUAAGUACUGUGGAUGCCCUGUUUUUAAAAAGCUAAGCCAUGGAUCGCAUAUUUUUGAAAUUUUGAAAUUUCUAUGGUAGUUUUUGUUAUAUAAAUGGUGACACAGAUCCCCUAGGUGGGUUACAUGGACCACCAGUUUGGAACCACUGGCCUAGAUAAUUUAAUUUACAAGGCAUAUCAUAAACACAGGAAGUAAAAUAAUAAAUAUAUAAGUAUGCAGUGAUGAUUUAACUACCUUAAGACUUGUCUGCAUCUAGCUUCCCUUUUCCUGGAGAAGCACUGGGAGUAUGUGAUUGCAGUAGGAGAGUAUCUUCAUCUUGAGGCAAUGCAGGAGUGUUGAAAGUAGUCAAAUGCUCAGCAGCUUUUGGUGUUGCAGAUGCUGCUAAUUAUGCUGUUUUGCAAUGGCUUCAGUUCUUAAAUGGGGUAAUGAGUCUUUUUCUCCAGUGGUUCAAAUCUUUUGUGUCUGUUAAAUGAAGAAUGUGGUUACCAGGGAUGCUACCUCAGCCCUCUAGACAUUUUGUUUCUCAGUCCCAAGUGGAUUGGUGUUGGUUCUGAUUUUGUUUGACAUCCAUAUGAAACUAUUGGGUGAGAUAAUUUGCAGUGUUGGAAUGAUGCAUCAUCAACAGGCUGACAUCUAACACUAUAUUUUAGUCACUGAACACCUAGGUGUUUCUAUGUCUGUUCAGAAUCAAUGUCUGGAAGCAGUGCAUAGUGGGUCAGGUGGAGGAGGGUACAUAGUAUGAAAUUUAAACCAGAUAACUCAGAGGUGGCGAUAGUGAUAGUAUGUCUUUGGCGGGAGUAGCUUUUCCUGUGAUGACUUCCGGGUUGUAAUUUUUCCAUGGGAACAGCCUUGGAGUCUGGCAGGAGUUUUUGAUCUGUGCCUAGUUUUUAUAUACAGGCAAUUCUUUAUUUGUGCACAUUCAGUAUUUGUGUGAUUGCUGACAUGUGUGCCAUUUUCUGCACAGCAAGGGCGCUUAUGUGCGUCCCGCUGAUGUGCAUGGUGCCUCUAAACGCAACCCAUGCAUAAACGGAAAGUUGCCUGUAUUUCCAAGCAAACGUUAAUAUUACUUUUACUCUAUUUCCCCUAUAGAGUGCAUGAUUUCUUAGUGGAAUUUAAUGGCUUAUGCAAACUGAAGCCUACUGAGUUACAAAAAAGGAUUUAGUCUUCUGAAACUAGUCAUGAAUAAUUUGAUGUUGUUCCCACAAAUGCUAAUUACACUUACUGGGAGAACAGUUGUCGCUGACCUUGAGGGACUCACCUUGGGCUUUGCAUCACUUGGGGCAACCAGAAGCCAUAAAAGACAUCUGAUUUGUAUCUCUUCUGCUUCAACAGAUCUUGUGUAGUGUAAACAGUAUGGAGCUUGAUAACUUCAGUUAUUUUCCCUUUGAGGGUAUUGCUCAGGAAAGGGGGAGAGGAAAACGUAUUGUAUGAUAUAUUGACAAAAUUUAAUCGCUCACACUUCAGAAGAAUCUAGGAUAUGGGUUAAUAACCACUCUGAGUCCCAGCUGCAGGGAUCAUUCCUUGCUAAGACUCAGACUAAGUGUAGAGGAAGAAAAAGGAACACCGCAUGCUUUUCCAGCAGUAUGUGAAGUUGUCCCUCAGGCUAAGGAAUCCAAUAGGCUCUUGUAUUCAAAUCUUUACCUGCCUACUGAUAGUCUGAUCGUAUUCAAGUAUACGGGAAAAAAAAGUCAGUCUGAGUUCAAUGGGGCUUACUCUGUGCAUAUCACAUGCUAAUAUUCCAGCAUAGAAGCCACCUUCUCCAAGUUUCUUUCUGAGUAGCAUUUGGAAGCACAUAUUUUUAAAAUUGCUAUUUCCUCUUUAGGAGCAGAUUUUGCACAAAUAAAGUGUAGCCAUAUCUCUCUCCUCAGCUAAUUAUCCAUGCAAACUAUUAAGCAGUCCAUUAAAAAUUAAGCAUACCUUCAAAGAAUCAUCCUUUGUUGCUUCAGUCUUCCUGGCCUUACAACUCCAGUCAGGCUAUAGAUUAACAUGUGACCCCAAAAUUUUGGGUCCCCUCCAGACUGAUGCCAAAGCUUUGUGCUACUUUUGUGCCGCCAAUCCUACAUUUUGUGCUGCCCCCAAACUGAGUAAUUGACACUCAAACUGGGGCCAAAAGUAUACCUCAAAAUACAUUACUGUAUGUUCACAUUAGCAGCUUAGAACACAGUGAGGUAAUUUCCCUGGCCACAUUUCAGGCCACAUUUGCAUGGUGGUGGUGGUGGUCACAUCAGAGAUGUUUGUCACAUCAGAGAUGGGGCAGAUAUGUUUUCACCCAACAUGGAUGAUGUUUUGGGUUCCCUAGCUGUUGCAACUCCCUCAGAACUCACAUUAAGCUGUCACCUGUGCAUGUGUGACAGCUGCUGGCAUAGCUGUCAACUUUUCCCUUUUCUUGCGAGGAAUCCUAUUUGGAAUAAGGGAAUUUCCCUUUAAAAAGGGAAACGUCGAUAGCUAUGGCUGCUAGAGUAUUUCACAUUACUGCUUGCUUCUCAUUCAGUUUUCUAGCUGGAUUAAAGCUGGUUUGAGAUAAAACAUAUCAAACAACAUUAUUUGUUAAUAAACUACAGGACUGAUAUAAAUUGUGGGGAAUGUGUGAAUGCAGCUUCAAAAACUAGCAGUUCGAAUGCACUGCUGAUGUGAACAAAGCUACUUAAAUUGUACUCCCAUUACCUUCCAGCAUGUGUCAGAGGAAGAGAUCAAAACUUUCAGCUUCCAGGUUUAAACUAACCACCACUUGCUGCAUAGACCUGCAAUUACCGGUAGUUUAAAUUGUGGUUUAUUCAAACAAGACAAGACAACAAAGCCUUGUAGAAACUUAAAGACUUUUGUGGGCUUUUGUGGGCUUCAGAUGUACUUUAUGCAGUGCUUUUUUCGGGGGGGGGGGGAACGACGCAGGGGUAUGCAGACCCCUAAACAUUUUGUAAAUCUUUGAACUUUUGUCCAUUUACUGUAUUUAUUUUUCCAAAUUUGAACUAUAAAAUGGUGAUUUUCUUGAGUCAAAAUGAGAGUAUCCCUAAACAUUUUCUUUUAGAAAAAAAGCACUGACUUUAUUAAGUUUUAUCCUGAGUUCCAGAUAGGGUGUGUGUGUGUGUGUGUGUGUGUGUACACACACACACCUCUGUGAGAUUUUCUGGAUGGAGAUCGUAAACAGUGAUGUCAGAGGAAAACAGAAAUCAUUCCCCACACCUUUCUGAAAACGGUGACUAAGAGGCUGUCACAAAAUGCAAGAUUCAGGCAGUUCCACUAUUGUUGAAUGCUGGGCAGUUUUCUUUUCACAGUUUUACAUACACAAUUCUGCACUGUACAUAGGAUUCAAACUUAUGCAGGAAAUUCCCAUUCAAAUUUGAUGCUAAAUGCUUGGUCAUUAGAGUUCUUUAUCAGUAACCCUUUCAUUGCUUCCAGAAGUACCCAACUGUCGUGAGUUUGUCAGGAGUUUGUGGAGGUAUGAUGGAGAGUGUGGUCUGACCCUGAAGAGUGGGAGGAGCUUGAGGAGUGAAAGCUAGAGGAUGCUGGAGAGGGUCCAAGUAGGGUGGUGGUCAUGGAUACUGAAUCCCAAGAGACAUCUGAUCCAGUAGAGGGUCCCAAUUGGUUAGGGGGUUGAAAGCUGCCCUUUGAGAGUUGCUCAUGGAAGCUCUCAGAAGUCUCUCCUGUUACCACUGGGACGUGCACCUCCUUAGCUUCUGCUGCUGAGGGGCACCCUCCAGUGCCUCCCCCUUCAGGGAAGGGAGCUGGGGGUAAAUAUGAUGCCAAGCUGGCACCGUCCUCAUCUCUGUCACAUAGAACACAGGGACAUCAGUGUGCAGAAACCUCAGCUAGCCAGCCCAUGAGGAGGAAUGCCCAUUUGCUUGCCACGAUAAAGGAUGUGCAGCGGGCAUUCCUUCAUUUAAAAGGAAGGUGUAGGGAGCUUGUUGCUUGUUGGUUCAAUGUCUUAGCUCUUGCCUAGCAAUGCCUUUGACUUCUCAUGUAACUUCUGAUCCUUGCAACUUGUCACUUUCCUUGUGUACCAUUCUAAUCUCAAAAUAAAAGCAGGAGAACAACCUUGCAAGGUGUUACACUUUUUUGUUUCUGGUCUGGUGAGGGGGCGAUACACACCAAAUUCACCCUUUCCAGCUCCUUUUAGCCACUCUUCUUAAGUGCUCUUGGUUUUCAGUUUAAGAUCUCUUUAAAAAUAUUGAAGAUAAGAUCUCAACAUUCUGAUUUGUAGUGAGCCCAAGGUGCUUUUUCAAAAAUGUUUUGUAACCAAAGAAUUUUGCAAGAUUACUUGUACAAGGCAAUAGGCUAUGUCAUUGCUACUCAAAGUGGUGAUCCAUGGACCAGUGAUGGUUCAGGAGGCAUUGGUUGCCGGUCCACAACUCCAUUGCUGCCCUGGCUGGAUGGGACACUUCAGGGACCAAAUAUGAUACUAGUCCCUGGCAUAUUGGGGUUGGGGGAAAUGCCAGUCCACCACAUCAGAUAGUCCAGUGCUUCUCAAACCAUGUGUCUUCUCAUACAUACCCUCUAAAAUGUAUCACAGAGGAGCUACUUUAUUCCACAAGAUUGCUUGUGUUCGUAAACUAGAAAACAUUUUGGGAUGUGUAAACAAACUGUUCAUGAUAUAGCAAUGUUGAGGACUUCCCAAAUAAUUCAUUAUAACCAGAUUUAAUACAAUUCUUGUUGUUGAAUUUUGUAGAAGGGCAGUCAUCCCCAUUAACUAUAUGCUUUUAUUAAUUUGUCAGAUAUGGAAUCAACAAUUGCAACAGAACACUAUAAGUUCAAAAUCUGGAUCUUAAUUGUAUAGGAAGAAAGUGACUAUGUGAAAGUGAGAUAGAAAAGAGAAAUUUAGAUACAUGUUAUUUGGGAGUUGGGGAACUGAACUGGAACAGUUCAUUCUGAUUAAUGUAUACUUAUGGAAUUGUAUAAUACAGUAUUCUUAAAAUUAGUGAAAUCUGCAUACUUAUAUAAUCAACUGAAACAUAGUUGUAAAAUAAUGUUUCCACACAGACAUUAUUAUUAUUAUUAUUAUUAUUAUUAUUAUUAUUAUUAUUAUUUUGUUUUGUAAAGUAGGUGUCUGCUGUGGGGACAUUGAGGAUGUCCAUAUGGAGGAGAAGCAGGAUAGGUGAUAGUCUUUACUCAUUGUAGUAUGUUUCAUAACCCUGAAUUCCCUUAAACAAGGAGUGUACAUAUACAGUGGUACCUCAGGUUACAGACGCUUCAGGUUACAGACUCUGCUAACCCAGAAAUAGUACCUCGGGUUAAGAACUUUGCUUCCGGAUGAGAACAGAAAUUGUGUGCCAGCAGCGCAGUGGCAGCGGGAGGCCCUAUUAGCUAAAGUGGUACUUCAGGUUAAGAACAGUUUCAGGUUAAGAACAGACCUCCAGAAUGAAUUAAGUUCUUAACCUGAGGUACCACAGUACAGCUUCAUGCAUGCUACCAAGGAAUAUGCCUGGCAGUAAAGGGUAGUGCACAGACACUAGCCCUGGGCCUGCUGUGACAGGAAAUUGUCUUGCACAGCAUGCUUCUCCUCUAGUCAACACAGUAAACUGUCAGAUUGGACAACAGUGGGAAGGAUGUGCUAACAGGCUUCAUGGGAGCCUCUUGGCCAUCACCUUUAAUUGCUUCAGCAGCAAGAGGCAACUAGCUUCUGCUCCUGAAGCAAGUAGGUGAGGAGAAUUGGGUUCAGAAGAAAUUCCUAUUUCACCUGCUCUUUCUGAGCCCAGGUUUGCUUUCCCUGUUCCUUUUUAAUACUGAGGAGACAGCCUCUCUUUGCUGCUGACGCAGUUGCAAUGGGGGUGGCGGGGAUUUGUGUUGGGAGUCCUUUAUCCUUUACCCUUUUGUAAAUGACAAUCUUUGUAAUUAGAAUUUCAUUGAAGACAGUGAGGUUGGUAUUAAAGUAUUUAAAAAAUAUGUAAGAAUAUAGGGGAAAUCUUAUGAAGUAUAUCAGUAGUAGAUCCAGCUCAGCGCUCUACACCAAACAGUAGCUAGAUAAGAUUGCUUGGUUUCGUGUGCACAGGAUAUGAAUAAUUUGGCAUUUAUUUAUUGAAAAGUCUGCAGGUCAGGUCGCAGCUACUGUAUGACUUUAAUAAAAGCAACAGUUUAUGAAAAUGUAGCUCCUGAAAUAAUAACAAAGCAUGAAAAACAUAAGCUAAACAAGGGUAGCUGAAAAUUGAAGUAAUUCUGUAUAGUUAAACUUAUUGCAAGGGAAUGAGUUCUCCACAUAAGUAUAAACUUUGGAACUGUCAUGUGAUGGCAAACAGAUGCAGGCUUCCUCAGCCUUGUGCCCUCCAGGUUCAACUCCCAUCAUCCCUGACCUUUGGCCAUGCUGGCUGUGGCUGAUGGGACUUCUUGUCCAAAACAUAUGGAGGCCACCAGAUUAGGGAAGGCUACAUUUUACAAAUGACAGCUGUAUUAUUUGAUCAUAUUAGUGUCAAUCAAUGCUCUAUUUUCAUGUACAGUUGUAACACAUUUCUAUAAGCAAUAGCAUUAAAAAUAGUUGCAUAUACCAAUGUUUUUUAUGCUCCCUCUUUCAGGAUUUGUGGCACCAGAAGGGAAGAAGGUUGAUUUUGCAAAGAUUCUACUUGGUUUACGAAGUUCCUGUAUCUCAAGCUUUCUGUGUUACCAGUUAACAUCACUGAGAAGAUUUACAUAUUUUGCUACUAGCCUUCUAAUCUUCCCAGGGAAUGCACCAUGACAUCAGCAGCAGUUGACAGUGGAGGCUCAGGUCUUGAGUUUGACAGCAAUGGAGUACAAAUUCAAGGCCAGGUCAGAAAAUGAUGUACAGCUUUUCUUCAUGUGAUCUUUGUAAAUGCUAAUUGUGGAUACAAAUGAAACAUGUAAUGGGAGAGGAUCAUGCCCUAGUUCAUGCUCAGAGAGAAAAGAGAACUGUUGUGUCCGAUAGAUUAUAGGUUUUGACUUGGGGGAAUGUACCUCAGAGCAUUUAUUUGAAUGUAAGUGCUAGAUUCAUUAAAAUAACUUGGUAUUUAGAACUGAAUACAGUGGUGCCUCGCAAGACGAAAAGAAUCCGUUCUGGGAGUCUCUUCGUCUAGCGGUUUUUUCGUCUUGCGAAGCAAGCCCAUUGACGGGAUUAGCGGAUUAGCGCUAUUAGCGGCUUUUAGCGGCUUUUAGCGGCUUUUAGCAGCUUAUCAGCUUAUCAGAUAAGCAGAUAAGCGGCUUAGCGACUUAGAAAAAGAGGGGGAAAAGGGAAAAAAAACCCCAGGAACUCGCAAGACAUUUUCGUCUUGCGAAGCAAGCCCAUUGCAGAUUCGUUUUGCGAGGCACCUCCAAAACGGAAAACUCUUUCGUCUAGCGAGUUUUCCGUCUUGCGAGGCAUUCGUCUUGCGGGGCACCACUGUACCUGAAGCCAUAUGCGGGCUAUGAGAAUUACUGCAGUUUUUGAAAAACAAGAAUUUGCCUACCUUGCUUCCAAGCUAAGUUGGUAAUUACACACAUCUGUUAAAAACAUUCAAAUACGUGGGCAAGGUAAAGGAAUGAGCAGUGAUGAAAAGCGCAGAUCUGAGCUACAUGUUUAUCACAUUGAAACUGAUAGGACUUUAAAUUGUGCAACUUUGGACUAAACCCUUAAUGUCAUUUCUAGUUAUUUCUGUAAUAAUAUAUCUUGGUAAGUGCCAAAGUUCAUGGAAAUGAUAGGCCGCUUGUUAAUUAAAUGCAACAGUGUUUGCAUACUGUGGCUCAUGGUGUGUUCCUGAUGAGCCUUGCUAUAGUGGUUGAUACAUUGUAUCUGUCUCUAUCCCUCUCUCCACACCAUUCUGCCUACAGAUAUACCCAAAUUUAUUUGUAAUCCUUUAAAUACAUACUUUUUAUUUAAUAUUCUAUGAAAGACAUCAAGUCACUAAAGGGAAAAUGGAAGGGAUUAUUUGGAUUAGGAGGGCAACACUUUUUCUUACUGUGCUCUACAGGAGAACGAGCCAGUCUCUGAAUAUCCAGCAGUGAUUGUAGAGCCAGUACCAAGUGCCAGAGUCGAACAAGGAUAUGCUGCACAGAUCUUUGUUUAUGAUGAUGAAACUUACCUUCUUCAAGAUGUUGCAGAAGAACAGGAAAUCGAGACAGAAACUGUGAAGACAGGUAAACUUCUUUUCUUACUUUUUUUUUUUGCUAAGGAUGCAAACAUUAAUCAGCUGGUAUGCAUCACUACUGUUUUAAUUGCACAUUAUGAUUCCCCCUUCCAUUUAAUGGGACCAGCUAAUGAAAAGGAGAUGGGAAGGUGGCAGGUCACUUGAAGGGGAAAAUUUAUAUAUAUAUGCUCAACCAAGUAACAUCAUUAUUAUAUCAUUUUACAAUGCAAAUAAAUUAUAUGGAUACAGGGUAUCAUUCCCAAACACAGCAAAAAUUGAAUAUGUAAGAUUCAUUAGUGUGAUGAGGUUCCAGCUUUUUCAAAGCAAUCUAAGUUUGGCAGUGCUAUAGUCUUCCUCCUUUGCCAGUUACCGUUUCUGCUGCAAUUAGUAGAUCAACUGUCAUUUCCAGAUCUGAUUCAGGAAUUAUACCUUUCAAAUAAUUCCAUAAUAAUACAUUUAGUAGAAAAUAUCCUGUCUUUAGGCUUGUUGCUCUGCAUAUUGCACAAAUAUGCUAACUUAUCUUUCCUGUAUAAAAUCUGAAUAAGCUUAGGAUAUGCUUUUCUUUACAGUUUGUAUACUGUAGAUAGCUGUAGAUAGUCCAGUAGAUAGCUUGCCUCUUAGGGUAAGAUUUAUGAGGUUUUCCUUUUACUAAUGAAAACAAUGGCUAUCAAGCCAACAGUUCUCAUUUAAUCAGUGUCAAUAUGGUUCAACCUGCUUUUGGAGGAGGGCAAGGGAAGGGGAGGUGGAAAACUAGUUGGUGUUGUUACUAUGGUAGGAACUACUUCACAUUCCCUUAUGACACGAAAUGAAAAUGUCAAAUAUGAACUCUUAACUAUGAGUGGAGAUUUGCACUUUUAUAAAGAAAGUGCUAAAAAGCUGUUUCCUUUGGUAUCCUCAAUACACCUUCAUUUAUGCUUUUCAAUGUGUAAGCAAGACUUAAAUUAAUAACUCAAUGUAUUGGUUAAAAGCAAGGCAGUGAAUUGAUUAGGACUAUAAACUAAACUGUAACGAGAUAUUUUUAAUUUUCGUUGCUCUCUGAUUGAUUUUUAGCACUGUAAAUAUACUUUAUGGAGAAGAAAGUUCCACUGGCAUUUGUGGCUUUAUUUCUAUAUUAUGCUUCUGUUUUAAAUGUGCUAAAAGACUACUGUACUCAUAGAAAGUAUGGCUGGCUUAUAAAUCUAUUUUGACUUGGUACAAUGAGUAAAUAAAUCUGCAUUUAUUUAUUCAUGAGUGAAUUUAUAAAUGGCCAGCAUUUUAAAAAAUUGUGUAGCAAUGUACAAUAAAAUUCUUAUAACAUCAUAAAAUACAAAAUGAAUGACCGACACAGAAUCAAAUUCAUUCUUUAUAAGUGCUUAACCAAAGAAAUGCAGGUGUAAUGAAAUAUCAAAAAUAUAGGUACCUGUCUGAUUUCAAUUAGAACAGUGUUUUAUAGUACUGAUGCUACUAUGCUAAAACUUUUUGUAGAAAUGAAAUGUUUAGGUCAAUUUGUGAUAACUGGAACAGUCAGGAAGGAUUCUCCAAGUGACUUCUGUAAUCUGAGUGGUGUGUAAGGUACAAGGUGCUCUUUCAGGUAACUUGGAUCUAGGUUGUUUAGGGAUUUGUAAACUAACAGUAAUACCUUGAGCUUAGCUUGGAAAUGUAUUGCCAUUAGUAAGAUUUGGAUUUGUUCUAGUUCAACAAAGUACCAACAAUUUAAUAUCUGUUUAAUUCCUUUCACUUAGUCGUGUGAUUAGUUAUGGUCUCUUGAUAGGAUAAAAACACAAGAAUUGCUUGUUGGAUCAGGCCAGUGGCCCAUCUGGUCCAGCAUUCAGUUCUCACAGUGGCCAACCAGAUGCUUAUGGGAAACCAGCAAGCAGGAUUCAAGCAGAAGAGCAUUCUUGCCUCCUGUGGUUUCCAGCAUCUGGCAUUCAGAAGCAUUGCUGGUGGAUCUUCACCAAAAUGGCAUACUCCAGAUUCCACAGUUAGGUGAGAUUUGUAAUUUACUCAAGGUCCAGCAACAGUGGCGGACUUUGGGUAUUAUGGCGUCUUGUGCAAGGUCAAAAUCCCACUCCCAAAGGCAGGUAAACAGUCACCCAGCUUUGAGAAGGAGGAUCCAGUCAGAGCCUCAUACCUCCUUCCCAAAGUCCAGUGCCUUGCUUACCAGGAUUUGAGCUGGCAUCGCCUUGGCUCAGCUCCCGGUGUGUGCGCACCACUCACACAAUCCUAAAUCCACCCCUGCUAGCAAGCCUGGUCCCAGCCAACACUCUCCUCGUCCCAUCAUGCAACGUGCCAUGCUAAUUUCAAAAAUUCUCGAGACAUAAAGAGGAGCUUGUGAUAUAUGGAGAGGAUGCUGCUAGAAAUGAGGUAGAGAGAAAAAUGGCUAUAUGAACUAGCCAUGCACAACUCUAGAUUGUGGCCUUGGACUGGAAGACAGAGGCAGCACACCUUUGAAUACUAGUCAUUAGGGAGCAGCAGUGGGAAAGGGCUGUGGCACUUGUGUCCUUCCCAUAGGUAUCUGGUUGGCUAGUGUGGGAAACAGGAUGCUAGGCUAGAUAGGUCUUUGGUCUGAUACAACAGGGUUGGCCUUUAAAAUCUCUCUCUUCCCGUCCCUAAAGUUCCAUCACUUUAGUUCCUGCUUUGAGGUAAGCUAGUAAGAAUCCUGAAAAACUCGCUUGAAGGAAAAUACUUCCUUCUAUCUUUAACAGCUACUAUUGUGCUUCACUUAGGUCAAAUGGUGUUACCAGUUUCUUAGAGUAGAUUUCUUCUGCCUGAAGCAAGGUUAUAGGUUCUGACAUAACUGUGGCCAGCGUUUAAAGAACUGCACACCCAAGAGAGCCUUUGAGCUUCUCAAGCAGCACUUCUGCAUGCUGUAUUGAAAAUUUAUUAUGAAACUGAGAGGGAAAUAUCAAAAGUAGUUUGUGAUAUGGCAUGGAGUGGGUGGCUCCUUUUCAAAGAAAUACAUUCCUUUGAAAUACUGGGUGUGUACAAAUGGUAUGCUUGGGGUUUCUUUUUUUUCUAUAGUAGGUUUUCUAAAAAUAAUUAUGUUUGAACCUUAAGUGGGUUUAUAAAAGUUCUUCCAAAAGUUAAAAAUGUGUUUGAACGUGCUGUUUUAUUGUAUAGAAUCAUAGAAUAAUGGAGUUGGAAGGGAUCCCAAGGGUCAUCUAUUCCAAUCCACUGUAGUGCAGGAAUCCUGUCCACAGCCAUCCCUACCUGGGUGGGCUUGAACUACCAACCUUCUGGUUAACAGCCAGAUGCACUGAUCCACUGUGCCACUGGGGGCAAUAAAGGAGUAUUCUGUAGCACAUGCCCAAAAGACAUGUUCAUAUUAGAACAUGGACAGUAAAAAAAAUUGUGAGGCACUAAAACACAAUCUGCUUUUAAGGUUUGAGAAAAAAUCUUUAAAAAUUAUAUUAGUGUUUUCCCUUUUGAAUACUGAACAUAAUCAAAGUAACGGCUUGAUGCAGUGAAACAUACCUGCCUACUUGAAGCUGUGGGCUUACAUAGAACUGAGAAUCAUGAAUAUCUCUACAAACAGGCUGGCACCUUAAGACUAAAAGAUGAGUUGAAGCUUUCAUGGAAAUCUUAAUCAGGGAAGAAUGAAGUGCUUUUGUGAGUUACAAGUAUGGUUUGGAGGCAGGGGAUUGUAAACAUUGAGGACAGAGGGAAAUGAAAUGCAGAAAGCAGAUGGUGAAAAUGGGCAUGUAUCAUUGAUAAUACAUUGACACAGACAUUAUGACACUAAUAUGCCAAUUAACACUUUUAGUGUGAUAAAAAUCCAUUGUCCUGAUUCAGCAAUGAACUUCAUGAUGAAUUGCAAUUAAUCAGAUUCAUGCUGCUGUUUUACUCCAGUAUGGUCUCCUUAAAAAUUAGUUAUUAACUUUCCUGUGAAAUUGAAGUGUUCCACCACUGGUUUUUUUACUAUUUCAUUUUUGAUUAUGAUUUGUCUUGAUUUAUUCUUUUGCAUUCAAAGCUUUCCUGGUUAAUAUGAAAUAAUUGUGUGUAGAGCUUAUUUAGAGGCUCAGAAGGCAAAUAUUUUUCUGACAUACAAAACUUAGGCCCUUUACUUUUUUGCCAUUGAUAUAAUUGUUCCUGUCCUCUCCUCUGACUCCCUCUUUUAUUUAUAAGUCCUAGCAAAGAAAGUUGCAAGUUCAGGACAAGUAGUCAAGCAUGUUUUUAACUUCUGUUAUUUGGUUAAUUUAAUUUGAACAUGGAAAUUAUUAUUUGAACAUUUGUUGGUUUGAGUGUAAAUGAGCACACUUGAUGCUUGAGUUGUUGCAUAAUAAAUAUAAAUUCCAAUUCUAUUAGUAUUUUGUGCUGAGGGCAAACUGUUAUUUUAAAUUCCUUUGUAGUCAUCACUAAUAGGAGGAUGUACAUAUUUCUCUGAAAGAAUUCAGUGGCUGUGAUCUAGUGAUCAUGUGAGCUGAACUCAGCUCAUAAAAUGCUUCUACUGGAAGAAAGUGGUGGUGGGAUGGCAGUUUUUGCUGUUAUCCAAAUGGGGAAACUUUCUUCCUAAAGUGAAGUAAAUGUAGUUUGCAGCUUCUUGGAAAAUGUCUUAAGGAUAUUCUAGCGUUUGGCUUCCUAUUUGGGGAGGCGUUCAUAUGGAAUGCAACUCUCUGCUUUCUCAUUAAUUGUGCCAGAAUUGGUGUCAAUUUGAUAUUUUCAGAACAAUGAGAUGGGAGUGGUGACUUAUUUUUGGGAUGCCAUUCUUCUCCUGUGUUUUUCACAUUGCAUCAGAAAUCCUCCCUGUGGCAUAAACAAACUUUUACCUUUAUAAAUGAAUAUUAUUGCCACAGGGAGGUAGAAGACCUGCAUGAAUAAUGGAAAUCUAAAGCAAGAGCACCUUCUUUAGUUACCUCAUGAUGGGGGAAUAAAAUUGAUCCAGAACAGUGUUGGUAUGUAUAGCUUUUUGGUAAUAUUAUACAUAAAUGAAUAAUGCAUUUUUAAAUCAGGGGUGGUAUCGCUCUAGAAAAGCCCUUAAUCCCUUUUAGUAAAAAGUGUUAACUUGUAUAUUCUAAAAGAAACUUCUUUCUUUUUCAGAUUACUACUUAUACCACUGUUAUGGAAAGCUAAUCUUAUAACUACUUCAGACUUUCAUUUGUUUGCCACUUACAUAAACACAAAUUUCAAAUAUCUUCCUCUUUCAAAUAUCUUCCUCUUUAAACUUUCUGUUUAAAAAUAACAAUGAUUUUAUGGCUGAUGUAAAUAACUGGUUGCCAUCUGCAACAUCAAGUAGUGGAUAGUUUACUGUAUUAUGUUUAUCUAUCAGGAUCCUACUCUAAAGAAUCUUUCAGGUUAAUUUUUGGACUGCUGGUGAAAUAUGUGAUUUAAACCCUUUAAUCUGGAAAUCUUGCUCUUCAUGCUAAUUUUGUUUCUUCACAGUCAAGAUUUUUAAAAGAGCAUUACAAAAAUAUGUUUGUACCCUUGAUCCUUGGGGGCUCUCAGAGAGCUCACUGCUGCAUCAGUUCUCCCUGCCUCUUGUUUCUGUACCAUGGUAAACCAAGGUUUGCCUUAAAGUGUUUUUCAAAGUCAGACUAGUGGUUAACCUGUCUCCUUAAUCAGGAGCUGUAGCCAAGGUUUCUUCAGUCACAAAACCUGGGUUUCUCAGUGUUUGUAAAAAGCAAAAAGGAGGAAAGGGUUCUGACCUCCCUUUGUCUCCUCAGCCUGGUCCUCGGACCCUUGUUGGCAUAAAAGAGUCCACGAGAAUAUCCUUGCAGAGUUUUAUUCUUAAAAGUCUUUGUGCAAAACACGACUGAAUAACUAUACACACCAGAACCAACCAACUAACCAACCCAAACACCAGCCUCAGCACAAACUAACAUUUCUCACUUAUAUAUACAACCUGCUGCAGGCCGCUGAGUCAUGCUGACCCAGCUUUAUUCGCAUUAAAGAAACAGCGGCCAUUUUAGCCGUGACAGGAUUUGACAACACACUAACCCAAACCUAGGUUAGUUGUCAUGCUGUGCUAAGUUACAAGGACCAGGGAGGACAAAGUAACUGCCCCUUCCUCCCUGGAAGAGCACAUGUUCUCACUAAGCCAUAGUUUGGCUUAGCUUUAUGUGUGAAUAGCACACCUGGGUGUGCUAAUGCAACUGAAUUAGUUUAUUAUUUAUUAAAUCUAUAUCCUGCCCUUUCUCUCAGAUGGGUCCAGGGCUGCAAACAAUAAAGAAAUAAAGACACUGGACUCGUUAUCUUGAUGACUGAAAAAUUUUCAGGAAGCUGGAGUUCAUGUCUCCAAUUCUGGCCUCAGCUCUACCAAGCCACAUUAGCACCAAAUUUGUGCUGUUCAACUGCAACAGUCCUUCUGCAUGUUUACUGAACACUUAAAAGUGUAGAACCAAAUGGGAUGGGACCAUAAGGAAUAUAGCAUCUUCCCAGUUUUUGUUGGUAUAGAUCUGUGGGUAUUGCAUCCUGUCUGCAGACAAACAACGGCUCCCUCAGCCUAUAGAGCGAGAUGAGUGUGCAACCCCAGAGUCCGUGACUGGACCUAACAGUCAGGGGGUACCUUUACCUUUACACCCCUGAUUUAAUCCUAAUAAAUAGAAGCAGACAGCAGUACUGAUAGCAGCAGUGUGUAUAUAACCUCAUAGCCUAUGUUUUCUCUGAAAUGUCAUACUGAUUUCAGUAUCUUUCAGAUAAAUGUGAUUUGGAUCGCAGCUAUCAUCUGCUCUUGAGUUCUACUUGUUGCCGAAUUUUGAGAAGUGGUUUUGUUUAUUGAAUGUCUAUUAGUUAUAAUAGUUUGCCCUCUAAUUUGGUUGUGAUGUGCUUAUGGCACAUUCUUUAUAGUACAAUACAUGCUUAUAAGAACAUAGUUUAAAGAAAUUGUGGGAUAACCAAUCACUUCCAUUUCUGCCUGCAUAUUGCUGGUUGAAACUGGAUCACAGAGAAGUUUGCCAUUUGCAAGACAAUUACUUGCAUCCUAACGGACAAGGUGGGAUUCAUCAAGGGCAGUUUGACAACUUAUGCAAGGCCUCUGAAAUGGAAGGGGGUGCGGAAAUGAUAUUCCUCCUCUUUGGCAGCUCUGCUUAUGAAUAAACUUUGACCUUAAGGAAAACUACACAAUGUGGUUGAGAUCAGGGCAGCAGUUGCUCCGUUGACAGGACCGAAUGCAUUUCAAGCAAAUCCGGUCGGGUUGUCCAAAAAGACUUCGGGUGCCUUUGCCCUCUAAUUUCAGAAGUCCUUUUAAGGCGGCCUUUUCGGGACUCCGCAGGAACCAAUGCAAGGCUGCUCAUCUCACCGGAGAGAACACGGGGCGCUAUCUCCAUUCCUCAAGCGGCGCCUUGGAGAAAGAGAGAGAGGCGUCGUUCAGCCCGGAGGGGGACGCGCGGGAGGCUGGCGAAGAAGUGGCAGAACGAAAAGCGGCUCUGGAGGCGGCGUCGAUUGCCUUGAGCCGCGGGCACCUCCUUUCUGUUGGCAUCCCUGACACCUAGUUGCAUGGAAGAUAACGGAAGAGGCGAGAGAUUUUGCCUUCCUCCAGCUGGACCGACUGAAGUAGGAUCCCUCCGACCCAAGAAGAACGGCAUCUCGUCGUGACUGCGGCGACCGACUCCUGUCCCGGCUGUAGAAUGGGAGAGCAGAAGAGGGAGGAGGGCGAGAGGGAGAGCGAGCGAGCGCCCGCCCGCCCGCCACUUCCUGUCUGCGAGGCUGGCGGCGGAAGGAUCGUGUGUGCCCCGCUAGAGGAGGAAGCGCUGCUGCUGCUGCUUCGCCGCCGCCGUUGUUGCCGCUACACGCGCGGGGGGAGGGAAGGAAGGAAGCCGAGCGGAACCUUUUGCGUGGUUGGCUGGCCGGGCGCGGGAACGAGCGCGCGGAGAUAGAUCCGGCCGAGGCGCCCGUCGGGUUGGCUCGGCUCUUAACGCGUUCGGGGCGGGCGGGAGCGCGCACGCAGGCGCGCGCCGGCCAGCCGCGGGGCCGCGCGCGCGCGCGGGCCGAGCGCCAGGGAGCCCCUGCGGGUCAAUGCGAAGCCGCCGCCGCCGCCGCUCGCUCCAGCGGCAUAAACAUGGCGACUUCCCUGCAUGAGGGGCCCACGAACCAGCUCGACCUGCUCAUCCGCGCCGGUAAGCGGCGCCGCGAAAUGGCGGGGCGGGAGCGGGGUGCUUGGUAGAAGAGAAGGGAGGCGCUGGGGGUGGGGGGGGAGAGAGAAGCGAAGGGCGGGUGAUGCGGAGGGAGGCGCGCACGCCGCUCGCUCGCUCUUCCCGGGGGCGGCACUGGCGCCGGAGUAAUGGAGGAGGAGGGCGAAUCCAGGAAGUGAUCACCUUGGCGUGCUGGGCGCGUUAGCAACCUGACCGCGCUGCGCCCGGGGCGAGCGGGCAGCGGUUGCGGGCGGCGUGCUUUGGCCGCUGCUGUUGCGGCGCUGCCGCCGCGCUUCUUUUUGCAGCCCGGGACCAGGAAGAGCGUGUGGCGAUUGUUGCGCUUGUCCUCCUGCCAAGCAGCAAGCCACGCCGCGCUUCCCGAGCAGGGAGAGGCGGCUCCCCCUGCAGCGCCUUUCCUUCCCGGUCCCCAGCAAUUGUUUCCUUGCGCCGAGGUGCCUCUGGCGGGUGCAGGAGCCACGACGGGCUCAAGGUCCUCAUUUUUUGGGGAGGCGCUUCUUGCCCUCUAAACUUUGCUUUGCGCUGGGAAGGGUGUGGGAGCAGCCGGGGCCGGGGGGAGACGGGGGCAUCGGUACUGCUGCUGCUGUUCCAGGGGCGAACGGCAUGUGCCGCCUCCAGCGAGGAUAUUUAGCUCAUUUUCUCCCCCCCCCCUUCAACCACCAUAGCGGAAGCGCCGAGCUCCCUCAGGAGCCCCUGUGCGCGGGGUGGGGGGGGGGAGGGAGUGACGGGCCUGGCCGGCCAAUCAACUGUCAAGAAUGUUCGAAAUCAGAAUGCUACCGUCUUUAAUGGGCGGGGCUAGGCUCCUUCAAGCCAGUAGCAGCGAGGGAGAGGUUGAGUGGCAGCGCUUUCUGGCUCUGACAAUGCGAGCACGGAAUUGGAGGGAAGAGGAAGGAUUGUAAAUACGGAAGCGAGGGCGGGGCUGGUGUGAGCGCGGAGGGGGGGGGGAGGAGCAGAGGAGAGUCGCAGUGGGGUUUACAGCGUUCAUAAAUGUCCUGCGCAGGAAGCGCUGAUCUUCCUGGAUCUGAUAACAGGUAACGGGGAUUUUUUGCACAUUUAGGACCAGAACGUUCUUGCCUCUUAAUUAAUUACCCGUCGUUGAUGAUACAGAGAGAGCUUCAGCACCACCCCGAAGUAGCUUUUGUGACUGCAUUUCCACUAACCACUGCUUUUCGCACAAGUUUUAAUUGAGUUUCUAGCAAUAACACCACAAAAUUUCAUACUGUUGUGCGAAGGACAAGUGUUGGGUGUAAAGGUUUUGUUAUCCCAACAUAAAAAAUUAUUAUUCGAACACUAUGGUCCUCCAAAUAACCUCAAAGCUGUGGUUAUUAAUACUUUUUUAGCUGUAUUUUAUGGAUCCAUUUCAUUGGAAUGAGAUUAAAAAGGAUGAAGUGUAGGUGAAUUUCAAGGAUGUACAGGCCAUUGUUUUUUCUUUGCCUUCUUCAGCUACUUUUUGUGUAUCUUAUUUAGUCAGGCGACUCUUCCUGUGAGGCAGUGUGGAUAUGUUCGUCUCCUAUUUCAUGUGCAUGCUAGUGUUGAGGACACCAACAACAUUGGUGUUCAGUAGAAGUAGUUUUCUGUUCUGGCUGGCUGGGGGUUUAUGUCUGUGCACUGCUGUUUGCUGCUGUGGUUCCUUUGUAGCAUGAGGAUACUGUACACGUAAAUGGUGUUUUUUUAAUCAAAGGUAGAUGUGGUCUUUUCAAUGCCCUCCCCCUGGCUUGGUUUCCAAGUGUAUCCUCAUUCUGCAUACCCAGUUGCUACUACAGAGAAAGAUAUAGUUACUUGCCUGCUGUUUCACUUUGCUUUUUGCCGCAGAUAAGCUACUUCUACUAUGAUAUUACAGAACAUUUAUAAAUAUUUUGAACACUAACGGGGAAAAUUCAGUGUACAGAAUGAUGUAGCUUCCACAAUGGAAAUGACUGGUUACUUGGACUGGAGAAAUCUUACGCUAGAUCUAGAUAUAAAGGAGUUGUGUGCUGUUAUAAUGAAAGAGCUGCAAUCUCUUCGAAGGAAAAAGAGGGAGGGAGGGAGGGAGGUGGAGAGAGAGAGGAGGAGGAGGAGGCAGGGAAUAGAGGGAAUGAGAAUGAAGAAAGGUAGCCUGGGGGUGGAAUCUUUGCAUAGAAUGGUACAGGGAUACUUGCCUAUGGAUGGGGGUUGGGAAGCAAGCUAGGGAACAAAGACCCAGGAGUGGGGUAGGGUUUUAUUUUCUAUAUUUGAAAUAAUCAGCCAAAUAGUGGCUUCGGGGCUCUAGAACUUAUUAAUAUGGCUUUCUAAAGCAGUCAGUUGAAGAUAUUGCGUUCUACCUGCCUUAUAAACAUGUGUGUCUCUUAGGAAGUUGAAAUUCUGGCCAUAAAUAUUAGUGAAGAGAUUUUAUCUCACUAAAGUUCGUUCCCAGCUUAAAAUGCACCUGGUGUAUGAUGUAAUAUGGACUAGAUAUUACUGACCUAUGUGCUGCCUAUCCCCAAAUACCCAAGAACACACUAAAUUUGUGCUGAGAACCACACUGGCAGUAGUUUAAUAGCAGAAUCCAAGCUCCUGGAAAAGCCAUGAAUUGGACAAGCCUGCACUCAAAUGCUCUUGUGCCACCUAGCAAAUUUAUGGCUGUUGAAUGAUUUGUAUAGAAUUUGUGCUGUGUCUUUUUUCCGAUGUGGGCUCUAACUCCACUGCUUACUGAAUCGAUCAGUUUGAUCUGGUGUGUCUGCUGGUUACCUAUAACUUGGGAGUACAUAUUCACAGGUUUGGAGCUCAAGUGAGGGACUUGGACUAUAGCUUCACCCAGGAGCAGAAAUCGAACUAGUGUUAUCUACUUCCUAAUGCAGCCCCCUUGACCACGAGCCACCCCAUAGAGCAGAGAUUCUUCAUUCUGCACAUGCCCGUUUCUGUUUUCAGUUACCAGCAUGUCACUUCCUGCCUCCAGUCCCUCCUACUGCAAAAUAGUUACUACUGUAACAAGAGCCUAUGCAGAUAAAUUGUGAAUUGUACAGAAACAUUGUCUUUGGACAGAUGUUAAAGCUCAGAAUAGGGAAUGGUGCCAUCUACUGGGGAGCAGGAUUUGAACAAGUCUCCCAGUUCCUAAUGCAAUAUCCAUGGAGCUGAAGCAUGGGGCUAAUUGUCAUGAAGGAGUAGUUGCUCUUUAUAUUUACCAACCUGACAAGUUAGGGUUGGGAGAAGGAACUGGUUGAACAUUUGUAGACAUAAUUGUUGCACUGCCUGUGCUAGUAACUGGUGCCUUCUGUACAGCAGGUGUGGCUUUGCUGAAAUGCCCUUGCAGGUCUAAUGGAAAGCCCUGGUAGAGGCCUGGUUUCCUAGCCAUUUAUGUAAUUGCUGUGGAUUUAGAAGAUGUAUUUCCCAUUGCAUGUAACCCUGGGGAAUGUUUCAACAAAUAUGUCCUUGGGUGAUACUCAUAGAAAUUAAUGAGCUUCAUGAGUAAAACUUAGUAGAAACUCAGUAUCAUGGAUGGAAUUCAACUAAGUAAGGUUGCUUUGGCAUGACAAGAAGAUAUGAAUGCCAGUGUAACAAAGUGAUACUACUGCAUGCACUCUGAGAUAUCAAAAUCAAGAGUAAAAAUGCUAUGCAUACUGAAAGGUUUAAUAGAAUAAACUCAUACUCAAUUUUAAGAUAAAGCUGUAGAUUUUAAAAAAUCUGAGUAUUUUUGCUAUACGUGGAAAAGCUGUCAUAAGACAGGAACUACAGGUCUAUGCUUUUCUAUGGAAUACUUGUAUUACAGUGGUGCCCCGCAAGACGAAUGCCUCGCAAGACGGAAAAACCGCUAGACGAAAGGGUUUUCCGUUUUGGAGUUGCUUCGCAGGACAAAUUCCCCUAUGGGCUUGCUUCGCAAGACGAAAAUGUCUUGCGAGUCUUGAGAUUUUUUUCGCUUCCCCCUUUAUCUAAUCUGCUAAGCCGUUAAUAGCCAUUAAUAGCCUUUUAGCAGCUAAUCCCCUAAGCCUUUAAGCCUUUAAUAGCCGCUAAACCGCUAAUAGCUCUAAUAGCGCUAAUCCGUCAAUGGGCUUGCUUCGCAAGACGAAAAAACCGCUAGACGAAGACUCUCGCGGAACGGAUUAAUUUCGUCUUGCGAGGCACCACUGUACGUCAGAAAUAACACCUGCAGGUCCAGCUGGGCAAACAAUAUCUGUGCAUCUCCCUCCUUGCUCUUCCUCUUCAAAUGUUCCACUGUUAUUUCAUGUUUUUGUCCAGCUUUCCACAUUUCUAGAUAAAUAUGAAAAAAUAUUACCACCAUAUCUGGACAUAUGUGGCACCGGUGGAACACUUGGAAUAUUUAUGGACAUCAGUUUGAUUAUAUCACAGUGAUGCUGUGCAGAUGUGUGUUUUGCACAUUAUCAUUGGAGAGUAUGGUAUAAUACUACUGGCUGGCAGCAAGAAUGAUUGAUGACUGUACCAGGAGUGAUCCAAAGGCGGGGUGUGGUGGGUGGAUGAGCAGUAGACCACAGCCUAUCAAGUGAUUUAAUUGCAUAAAAAACUGCAUUUGAUAGGAUUUUUAUUUAUUUAUGGUAGUUACAUACCACUUUUCAGGUACGUCUUUCAAAGCAGUUUACAUAAGAGCAUUACACCAAGAAGCAUCAAUUUUUAAACAAAAGUUACAAUAAAAUGGAAAUGACGUCUGUUUGUUUAGAUUAGAAUAAGCUGUAACUGCUGCUUCUUUACUCCCCUCUGGGCAAAAUGGUCCUUCAGAAUCUCUUCCAGUGACAGUUGGAGGAGGAGGGACACCACUGAGAAGCUGGGUGAUGGCGGCUCACCAGGUUGUUCUUAACAGUUGUGAUUUAUUCCAUGUUUGAAUGAAGUCCCAUAGCUUCAUUCAACUAAAUCAACUAAAAUAAACUAAAAUAACAAGUAUUGGAGAUUUGAAACAUUGCACUGAUUUGGAAAAAUAAAUUCUUAAAGAUAUUUAACUUGAGUUGAAGCUAAGAGCAAGUUGUCAACUUAAUUUUUUUAAAAAAUGUUUAUUGGACCUUGGAGAUGCCUUCUGAAUAAUGCCACCUUUUAAAAAAUAAAAAAUAAAAACUUUAUUUGAACAACAAGUUCUCUACAGGAAGGGUCAGCCUAGGGCUUAGGCUUUGUUUUCAGAAAACAAGUCUAUAUUCUUAUAGCUCUUCUAUGUCUGCUUCAGUUGUGAUACUCUGUUACUAAUUCUAUAAAACAUGUUCUUGCCAGGUGAGGUAUUCGCUAGCUUUUCACAAGUACAGUAGUUCAUAAUUACCUCAUUGCUGGGGAACUUUUAAUAGGAAGGUGGAGCACUUUUGGUUCUCCAAUUGUUGCUGGACUACAAUAUUUAUUCUGGGAGUUAGUAACAAUAUAUGGAGGGCCACAGGUUCUCCUCCCUUGCUUUAAGGUGUAACCUAUAAGAGUGAGGGUCAGAUAGUAGUCUGAGCUGAGCUGAGAGCCUGAGCUGUAAACAAGGAAGUUCACUGUUCAGGUUUUGUGUUCUUGCCUAAUGCUACCUAGUGAGCAAAAUGGGUAGGUUAUUUUGGACAAUUUGGGGAGUGGGGCGAAACUUGCUGCUUCCCAGAGCUCUGAUGGAGUGGGCACUAUUUUUCUUUUCUAAAACACGCCAAGAGAUGCAGCACUUUUUUUCGUUGAGGAAGUGAUGGGUGAGUGGGGGAAUUUGCUGCUGCCGGUGGCUGUCAGGAGAAGAUAUGCUCAUCAGUGAGUUAAGCCCCUCCCCACACUUGCCAGUGCUUUUUGUCAUGCUCAUACCCAUGAAAUUCUGCUUAAGUAUUAGACCCCAGAAAUAGGCUUUUGAGUAGCUCUCCAGUGUUAAGAGAAAGAGCACAAAGGUGUUAUGUUCCCUUUCCACGACUUCCAGUCUAUGCUGUCACUCUUCUCACUCUGUUAGAUUCUGCAGAUAAAUUUCUGCAAGUUUCCAGAUUGUGUGCAGAAUUUGGCUUUGUUGGUGCAGUUUGUCUUUUUUUAUUGUGGUUGGGUGUACUACACCUGAUUUUCAAUUUUUACACAAAUUGUUUGCCAGUGCUUCAAACUGCCUGGGUCAGUAUAGUUUGAGGAUGUGUAUAUUGGAGAAUUUGUACUAUAGUUUAGUUUUGAAUGUUCUAUAAUGUUAAGUCUUCCUGUUCUCUCUUCUUGAAGAUGCUUUAGAAAGGAGCGGGAGGGAAUGGAAUUGUGCAUGUGCUAAAUUUGAUGGCAAUUAACUUCAAGGUUGGUUGAUUUCCACAUAUUUUACAGUUAAUUGCAGUUUAUUCCUUUGUACGCUGUCUUACAUUUAGUAAUAGCUGCUGCUUAGAGAAAGACUAAAAGCAAUCUGAAGGUGAACCUCUUUCUUAGUGCAGUAUCUGAGAAGUAACCCAUAGCAUGUGCCUAAAGCCCUAUCUCAUUCCCAAACCCUACAGCAGAAAUGGUAGGUUUUAUGAAGCAUUGCAGUGUACAGGCUAAUGGAUGUCUUUGUCUGGGACUAAGGGCACUGUACUUGAGAGAUCUUUUGCUUUCCCAUUUCUUGCUAAUUAGCUCUGGAUGCACAGGGUAAUUGAUUAAUAAUUACUGUGGUACUUACAAAAAUACUUUAUAACCUUUGCAAGCGCCCGGUUUUAAAGAUGGGGACUCAAGCAGCGCCAUGUCCCUUGUUACCAGCAAGCUUAAUAUCUGUGCUGGAGUUACGUUUUCAGGUCCCACAGUCAGGCUGUGGCAUUUAUCUGAUGACUUAGACAUGUAUUCCUGGUCUCUCCCCCCCACCCCCCUUUAUUAUUGUUAUGUGUUUUUCCAAGCCUUUCCUGUCGGUAGUGCUACGGCCUGAUUCACACAGCCAGUUUUCCUUAUUAGUGGCGGCUGGGUCAUGUGGUGAGCUCUUUUGAAAAAAAGGUUGUUGCUAUUUUUGCAAUGUCAAGCAGCCACCAUAUGUGUGAAUUGGGUCUUGGUGACUGAAGCAUUUUAAAAAAAUGUUCUUCCUCUUCCCUAAUUUAAUUUUGAAUAUUGAAGUAACUGGAUAGCUUUCAGGAACUUCCAGUGAAGAAACCGUGGUUUGAAUCCUCAUUAGCUUACUGGCACUGCAGAUAGGUGACUGUAGUUAUUCUAAAGAUAGAUUAGACGCUGGCAGCGGAGCUGGAAUGGUUUAGCUUUGAGUAGAUUUCCAUAAAUGGAAAAAGCAACUGGAGAGAGAGAGAGUGUGUAUACCUUAAUAUGUGUGGAUGAUACUCAACAGGUGGCUAUGUAUUGCUGGUUUAUAAAAUCUUCAUGGGGAAAAGAGAAAAUGCCUUUUUAUAAAAUCACAAUCACUACUUAAAAAUCUAGCAUUUCCCCCUGUUGUGUUUUCUGGGCAAGAUCCUAUUACAUACAUCUAUGCAAUCACUUUAAGGCUUCUUUUAUUGCGGAAUUUAUAAGGUUGCAAUAUUAAUUUGAAUGAGAAAUACCAAACUCAUGUCAACAAUCAUUCUUUUCUUGCCCUUUAUGGAAAAAAAAUAAGAAACAUAUCACGUAUGAAGCACAAUCCUGGAGGACCAGCUAGUGGGAAGGUGGGAUACAGAUUUAGCAACAACAACAACAACAACAACCACCAAUAAUAAUAAUAAUAAUAAUACUUGACCAGACGUUGCUGGGAAGUAGAACUAGUAUGCAAAAUAGCAAUGUAGUGGUGUUCUCACCCCCCGCUUCUUUUGCACUUAGAAGCAUAGAAUCAUAGAAUUGCGGAGUUGGAAGGGACCCCAAGGGUCAUCUAGUCCAAAUCCCUGCAAUUCUGGAAUCUCAGCUAAAGCAUCCAUGACAGAUGGCCAUCAAACCUUUGCUUAAAAGCAUCCAAGGAAGGAGAGCCCACAGUCUCCUUUGGACUAGCCCAGACCUCCAGCCACUCAAGCCUCUUCCUUCCUUGCCCUAGAAUGCCUCUGAGCCACACAAGGGCCAAGAGGCAUCCAGAGGAAGGGAAGGAGGUGAACAUAAGAAAAGCUGUGCUGGAUCAGGCCAAAGGCCCAUCUAGCCCAGCACCCUGUUCUCACAGCCAGCCAGUUUUGCAUGGGAAGCGCAGAAACAGGACCUGAGCUCUGUUCACAUGUGAUUCCUAGCAACUAGUAUUUCCUCAGAUGUGGAGGUGGAACACAACUAUCAGCAUGUCUCGUAGCCAUUGAUAGCCCCAUCCUCCAUGACAUUGUCUAAUCCUCUUUUAAAGCCACCCAAGUUGGUGGCAAUCACACUAUGAACCAUUUUGAAGUUGUGUGCCAUGAUAAUUUUUCAGAUUUUCAAAUGGGCCCAGGGUCCUCAAAUGUUAGUGACCCUGUAUAAGUGGCUUAUAGGGGGUUAAUAAUUGGCUGCACAGAAAAGAAAACAAGCUUUCUCUGGAGUUGAUGUUAGAUGAAGCUGUAAGUAGUAGUGAUGCCAGCUGAUUGAAGACUCAGGGGUGGAGAACCUUUUUCAUGCAGUGGGACAGAUUCUUAUCUUUCCUCACCAUUAUGGGCUAACUUUCACAAAGCACUGAUUUCUUGUUAAUAUUUUGACUAUCAAUACCUUAAUUAAAUGGAACACACAAGUGAAUUGGUGAGAAUGCAAAGUCUUAAUGCAGAUGGUUUACUAGCCAGAUUGAAAGGCACAAUUGUAACUCGUGUCCAAGCUCCAAUUGAUAGGACUGUAAGGUUUCAACAAAUCUUAAGGCCAGAAUAGAAAAAAACAAUGAACCAAAUCUACUUGUGUGAUGGAUUGUUGUUGUUUUUUGCACAGUGGAAGCAUCUGUACAUGGCAGCAAUGUGCACUGUUCGGAUAAGACAAUUGAAGCAGCAGAGGCCUUGCUUCAUAUGGAAUCUCCAACCUGCUUAAGAGAUGCUAGAACUCCAGGUAUGUCAAUAAUAACAAAUCAAUCUUUUGCCCUCUUUGAAACGGUGGCUUAAUUUGCAUUAACUGCACCUGAGGUUUAACUUGCGAGUGUGCUUCUUUCAGGGCCAAGAGCUGUCUGCUCCCCUGAAGGAUAUAUUCAUAAGCUUUUAAUACUCUUAAGGACUAGGCUACAAGUUACAUAUUGCAUGUGUUGGCAGCAGUGUUGUGCAAUCCCUACACAAAAGUGCUUCUCUAUAUAAAUAAUUACUUUAAUCUGUUUGAAGCAACCACCACUCUGAGCCUGAUCCAGGUACAGUACUUUCCAAUACUAAGUGACCUGGGAAGGAAAGGCAUGUAGGUCACUUCCAAACUAUCUUAGUGAUUUGUACUGUACGGCUAACUAGUACUCACGGUUUUAUUAUGAUGAUUAUUUGUAAAUUUAAUUUGGUUGCAUAGAAUGACAGGGCAUUAAAAUUGUCCCCCCAAGCUAAUCAAUCGGUCCAUAAAACCUGUUGAGGUUGAUGGUGGUGGUGGAAUAGCAUGUUUUCAGGUGUUUUGGGUUUCUUUCAUUUACUGAAGAGAUUUUGAACAGGCAGGUUUAAAUUGAAUUUGGACAUUGGAAAUAUAAUUGUCCUCUGGCAUGUCAUACUGCAACAUUUUUUGCGGAUCUAUAAUUUCAAAUUCACAUGACAAAGCUCAAAAAAGAUGGGAAAUGACUUAUUAAAGAAUUGUACUUUACAAUGGUUAUUUGAGACUGAGACAUAACCCAUGUAAUCGUGAACUGGGUUUCGUUCUGAAAAGAAAACCAACUACUUGCUUUUUCUCAAUUUACAAAUCAUAUGCAAAGUAUAAUGGAAACAAUGUAGAAAAGUACAGGGUUCGGUGAUUUCGAAAGUUGAAUUUAUAUGAAUAUUUCAUAUAAACGAACAUUUAUGGGAAGCAAGUGUUUAGUAAUGCCUAAAAAGCAAAGAAUAAACUCCUCCAGUUCUGUUACUUACUGUAUUAUAUCUUAUCCUGUAUUGUGAUACAUGUGGGAAACUAGUUUGUUUUUGUUCUUCAAAUGAUACGGCAGUUUCUUUGUUGGAUUUAAGCCAAAGCCUAAUCUUAUUUAUUUAUUUGCUUUCUUUAGUGGAAGUUUUUGUCCCACCUUGUGUAUCAACUCCAGAGUUCAUUCAUGCUGCUAUGAGGCCAGAUGUCAUUACAGAAACAGUAGUGGAGGUAUCAACUGAGGAGUCUGAACCAAUGGAUACAUCUCCUAUUCCAACAUCUCCAGAGAUCCAUGAGCCAAUGAAGAAAAAGAAAGGUACAUAUGUAGUACGUAAUGGAUCUCAUCCAGCCUCGCAACAGAUCUAUAAAAGUCUUAGAAAUUUUGUGGAAGGGGUUUAUGCCAUAGAAAUAACAUUUAUGUUCAUGGAUGGAUCAUUGUCAUAUAAUUCAUUUACACAAGGGGAAUGAUUAUCAUGUUAGUUUAAUUGUUUGAAUUCUUUUAGAACAUGUAAGUGUGACGGAGAUUCUGCUUAACUCAACAUCAGAUAAAAUUAUGAUUUGUGAGACAUGUUGCCAGCAUCUCAGUGUAGCGCCAGAUAAUGGCCCAUUAUUUAGAUUUGAAUGAAAACCUAAGCUGUGAGAGGACUCAAGCUGGGAAACAUUUCUCUGUGCAUAUUUCAGUCUUUCCAACUGUUUUUGCAGCUGGCCGUAAGCCAAAAACCCAAGUGCCACCAGCCAUUUCCAGUGCGUCUCCAGACCUGAGUAUAAAGAAGAAGCCAAGAGAAGGCAAAGGUAAUUUAAUUUUAAAAAUAAAUAAAUAUAUUGUUUAUUUUAUUUGUGUAUUAAUAUUUUCAGUGUUUUGAUUACGUAGCAACAAUACCUUAAUGCUCUAUUAAGAAUGGUUGCAACCUUUCUUUUGAAUGUAAAUGUGUUGAUGUGUCUCAUGAAACUGUUUAUUUGCUGCUAGAUUUCUGGUGCACCAGGUACCUUCUAUAAGUAGGAAUUGAACAUACACUCAUUCAAACAUGCUGGAAGGUGUGCUGCUCACUUCAGAUUUGCCACUGCAGCUAGAGACAUGCCGAGUAUUUGUGUUCCUGUUCAGUCAUAGUGGGUUGAAUAGCUGUGCCUAGGGAAAAUAUGUGGCUUAAAACUUGUCAGCAGACGACUGAGGUAGUCCUGUCUUAAGUUUGGGAGAGUUUCUUCAGAUAUUUGCAAGGCACAGGACUGCUAUUCUUAUAAGAUACCGUUCUGUUGUGGCCUGCUCCUUUUUUGUGCUGCUAAAAACGAGAGUGAUAUUCCAGAAGCCUGACGCUGAGCAAGUGGGAGGACUUGUGGUCCAGUCACCCCAUCAUCUUUGAGCAUUGACCACGCUGGCUGGGACUGAUGAGAGUUAUCUCAGUCAGUCAUUUUAUUUGUUUGCUGCCUUCCCAAAGUUAAAGCCACGCUCGAGGCAUUUAAAAAUUACAUAAUUGCAAACAUAACAAAUCAGUCAUAAACAAUAAGUAGGUAAAGGUAAAGGGACCCCUGACCAUUAGGUCAAACAAUAAGUAAAACAUUGAAAAGUACACAACCAUAUCGAACAAUUUCCACAUAAAUCAUAAGAGCUAAAAUAAAGAUACAAAAAUUUAGUAUCAAUAAUAGCAACCCAAGCCCAAGAGUUGUUCAGCGACAUAUGGGUGGCUACAGCUUUCUUGCCACUGGCCAAAGGUGGUGGUGGUUGUUUUUAAAAAACUUUUUAGGGAUGGAAUAACAUUUAUAAUGUGAUAUUAAGGUUGAUCUGUGAUGGUGUGUUAAUCUCACGUGAUGACUUGUCAUUGCUCCCUUUAGCUAAUGCCUGAUUAUUUUCCUCUGUAAGGUUGCUUGAGUUGCUACUUGGUGAUUCUCAAUGCCCAGAUGAAGUUAAUUUUGUCGUGUUUUGAAUAUCCUCUUAGUGCUGGAGCGGUAUGAGGGAGUAAGAGUGAGUGUGGACCAGAAUGAACAUUCAGAAAUUCACAAACAACUUUUCUUUGUUAGUUGAACCUAAGUGGUUCUGAAAUCACAUUUUGCUACCAUCUCCCUAGUAGUGUGUGUAAAAGUAUAUAAUAUGUGUGCAUGCCCUCAGUUUAUUUGAGGUGACCUUGCACAAUAUGUUCAGCUCAUGGAAGCAGAACUCUUGUGUAUUCAGAGACGGACUCUAGUGGUAGAUUGCCCCCUACUGAACUUCCAGUAAAAAGAUGAUGUUCUUAUUUACAUGCAUCUCAAAGUGAUUUACAACUAUGCCAUAAACACAAACAACUAACUAACUAGAUUUAAAAACAAUACAGACUUAAUAUGCAAGGCAGAAACUUGCUUCUAGCUAGAAAAACUUGUCUGAACAAAAAUUGUUUCUGGAAAGUACAAAGCGUGAGCACUGGUUGUAUCUCAACAGGGAUACUCUUCCACAAAAUAACCGGCAGCUACACAGGAACUCUGAAUUCUGAUAUUUUAGGGACUUAAAAGAGAAAUUUAUGUAAAAUUCAAGUGUAUAGUUGUUUGAAAUAUUUUUUCUAGUAAGUAUGUAGAAUGUCUAGAACUUCAAGGUGGUAAUUGGUUAUCUUAAUAUUUAUCUUUCCUUGACAACUUCCUGCUGCUUAGAAGUCUUGGUUAAAGUUGGAAGAUGUAAAACAAGGUUAGAGCUGGAAGUUUAACAAAAAUUAGAAGAAGAGUGAAUUAUAUAUUGAUUUCAGAAAAAAGAUAUAUUGGUGAUAAACUAUAUUCUUCAGGCUUUCUAAUAAAAAUCCUUUAAGAAAUAUUUCAGAGCUGAGCCAGAUUAGUUUGUUCUUGACGAACACACCAUUGCCAGUAAUCCUGCUUCAUUAUCACCCAAAACUCCUGAUAAGAUCGUUAGGAUUGGCUAUUGGGGGAGGAACAGAGUUUGUUUGAGACCCUUUGAAAAAAUAAAUGCCCGGAAGCUCAGAAGUUCCAGUACUAAAAACCACAGACAGGAGGGAAGAGGCAUUAGUGUCUGCAAAGAACUUGAUUUAGCAUCAUGUGGACAUUUUUGGCAACCAACCCCACUCUUUACUUUCUUUUCUACCAGAAUUUAGUUUAAUUGUGCUUCCACAGCUGUCCUCCUUACAUGUGGGCUGAACCCAUUCUACAAGUUUCAAAAACAAGUGCUCACAUACCAUAGGCCAAUGUAAUAGCUAGUUGUGUAAGAAUAUAAUGCUCUUCUUCAGUUUUAGAGAUCUUUAAAGAGAUUAAUGGCCUGUUAUUUAUAUUUUUAUCAUAGGAAAUACAACCUACUUGUGGGAAUUCCUUCUAGACCUUCUUCAGGACAAAAAUACUUGUCCUCGAUAUAUCAAGUGGACUCAGCGGGAGAAGGGCAUAUUUAAGCUUGUAGAUUCUAAAGCAGUCUCCAAACUAUGGGGAAAACACAAAAACAAGCCUGAUAUGAACUACGAAACAAUGGGAAGGGCUCUGAGGUAAAAAGAAAGAAAAUUGGGGUGGGGGGGGGAUGAAGAAUGUUGAAGUUUUUUGUUUUAAACAAAUCACUGUGUUAUAGCUGAUUUGAAACUUUACUUCAGGCUUUUUUUUUUGGAGAAUUUUAUUUGAUAAAAUGGCAUUUCGCUUUUUAAGCCAGUUUGUUUCUAGUUUUUUUUUCCUUGUGUGGCAACAGCAUUAAUUAUUAAAACAAUGUUCUGUUUUUUACCUUGCAUGCUUUUUAUUAUCCCAUAUGUAGGGGUAUUUAUUUAUUUUUAAAAUAUAUAUACUGCUUGAUAGUGUUUUUUUAACAAUCCCCACCUCAAAGCUGAUUACAAAAAGAUAGCUAAUUUAUGAUGGGGAAAACAAGACUGGUCAUCCCAACAAGGGUUUCUUGAUGGUUAUAAACUUAAAAGGUGCUUCAUAUGAAUGUCAUAUAAACCUUUAUUGUACUUCCCUUCCCUUCAGAUACUACUAUCAAAGAGGAAUUCUGGCAAAAGUUGAAGGACAAAGACUUGUAUAUCAGUUCAAGGAAAUGCCCAAAAACAUUGUGGUUAUUGAUGACAAAAGUGAAUGUGGCAGUGAAGAUUUAUCAAUCGCCACCGAUGAGAAGUCAUUGGAGCGAGUGUCACUUUCUGCAGAAAACCUUUUGAAAGCAGCAGCCUCUGCUCGUGCAGGCAAAAACGCUUCUCAGUUGAACUGCACAAGAGCAGAGAAGCCCAUUACCAGAGUGGUGAAUAUCUCCUCACCUGGGCAUGAAAUGACAUCUUGUUCCACAACCACCGUUCCAGCAACAACCGCUCCCAGGUUAGUGCUGCAUGAUUUGCCUGUUGGUGAGGCCAAAGCUUGAGGAAUUAGUACAGUGUCAUUGACAUUGUACCUGUCUUUCUGGAAACAUUCUCAGUUUGAAUAUAGACAGAUGGUCUCAGUACAACAUCCAUAAUACAGAUUAUUCAAACACAGGAGUUUGAAACGGGAUCUGUUAAAGGUGAACUGUUAAUCUAGUCUAGUCCUACAGUUUAAAACAAACCUUUUUGGUAUUUCUCUUGUGAAUCGCAAGCAGUAGAAUGAGUAGAAACACAAGCAGCCUUCACAUUUUAAGCAUGAAAUUUGGCCUGGGGAAGUCUUCAGUUUUCAAUUCUUAUUUAUAGGUAUAACAACAUUUUUCUUUGUACAGUGGUACCUCAGGUUACAUAUGCUUCAGGUUACAGACUCCGCUAACCCAGAAAUAGUGCUUCAGGUUAAGAACUUUGCUUCAGGAUGAGAACAGAAAUUGUGCAGCGACGGCAGCAGGAGGCCCCAUUAGCUAAAGUGGUGCUUCAGGUUAAGAACAGUUUCAGGUUAAGAACGGACCUCCGGAACGAAUUAAGUACUUAACCUGAGGUACCACUGUAUAUAUGCAAACAGGCCUAGAUUUGUGGCAAGUAGUUUAUUUAGCAGAUUUGUCCAUGCGGCUUGCUUGAUCUUAAUGCAAUGUUUUGUCCUCAUCCAUUUGACAGAACUGUUCGUGUGGCCAUGCAAGUGCCUGUUGUAAUGACGUCUCUGGGACAGAAAAUAUCGACUGUUGCAGUGCAGUCAGUAAAUGCAGGGUCACCGUUGAUUACCAGCACAAGCCCAACCACAGCAGCAACCCCAAAGGUCGUAAUCCAGACAAUCCCUACAGUGAUGCCAGCAUCUGCUGAAAAUGGAGAGAAAAUCACAAUGCAGCCUACGAAAAUCAUUACCAUCCCUGCUACGCAGCUCACGCAGUGCCAGUUGCAAACAAAAACUGGUUUGCCCGGGACAGGAAGCAUUAACAUAGUUGGAACGCCACUAGCCGUGAGAGCACUUACUCCUGUGUCCAUAGCCCAUGGGACACCCGUGAUGAGACUAUCUAUGCCGGCCCAGCAGGCAGGUAGCCAUACCUCUUCCAGAGUUAUUAGCGCAGUCAUAAAAGGUCCAGAGGUCAAAUCUGAAGCAAUGGCUUUGAAGCAGGAGCGGGAGGUUAAGACGCUGCAGCUUGUUCAGGAAGAAAAGCCUGCAGAUGGAACCAAGACGGUUACGCAUGUGGUUGUGGUCAGUACGCCAUCGGCUAUUGCCCUCCCUGUAACUGUGAAAACGGAGGGGAUGGUAACAUGCGAGAAAUGAAGCAAAGGCAGCUAUGGACAUGAAUUACAUAGACCAUUGUGGAAUUAAGUAAACUGACAUAUUUAGGGAGGCAGGGAAAUGGACACAAUCAAGAAGUUAACAAAACAAAACUGAUUUUAAAAAUUGUUAAUAGUUAUGCAUACGUUUGAAACUUACUGGAAAUGAAUUGAUGUCCCAUGUUUCAGUGGGAAUUGAACCACAUCCUCACGCUGACACAAUUGCCUCUUGCAAAGUGGGAAACUGCUAAGCUGAUAAGGAAAAAUUCAGGGGUCGAGUGGGGCUCGAGGCUCACUGCAUUAUCAAGUUACACUAAGGCAUGGAACACUAAGCUGGUUCUGUGAAGGGUUCCUGGUUUAUGUCUCUGGGAAGGGCGGCGGGAAAGAGUCUCACUGUUACAUGACAAAUCUGAUGCAUUCUAAUGUGCAUACCAGCAAUUAUUACUGUGUCUUCACAGAAUUCAACUGGUGCUAUGUGAAUAACUCUGCUACUAGGUAUUUUAGAAUGUGAAUUAAAGGAGAGGAUUAAAAAGCUUCUAAAAGAAGACGAAGAUCUAGAGGGAUUUUUGUAUCAUACAGCUUAAGCAGAUUUAAAACGAAAGCCUUAGACUGAUUUUCAGUUCUCUUUCUUGAAAUAAGCUAAUGGCUUGUUUGUGUAAAGCAUUUUUUAUUAAAACAAUUUUUUAAAGAUCUUAUACCUAGCACAGUAUUGUUAUAGGAUUACAUGUAACAUAUUUUGUAUGGUAGUUAAGUCUGUCAGUUUCUUAAUUGUGGACAAAGUGGCCAUAGGGUUGUGGUGGCCUUUUGCUGCCGCAGGCCUGGGUCACCCACUUAGCCUCGACAUCUGUGCAUACAUUUCAAUUUCAGCUUCUACUCUGUCACUUGAAAGGUCACGCUUGGCAUGAACUCUUGUCAGGUAGUUAAAAGAGCCUGUACAUUUUUUUUAGUUAAAGUUAGAGGGAAGUACCAGUGUUCAGAAUGAACUAUAAUAGUUUGUAUAUUCAACAUUUAAAGUAUAUUCUAUUUUGUUGUACUCUUGUUUCAAAGUGUAUUCAAGUAGGUUUUACUGAAAUACAAACAUGAAAUUU